CCCCCCCCCCCACCACCACAUCCUUCCUGCAGUGCUGGCUGGGUUGUCUGAGUUGCGUGGGAAGGAUGGGCUGAUCCUGGAUGUGGUUGACCUGGGCUCACGGGGGAUGUGGGACAUGCAGCAGGUCACGUCUUUCCCCACCCAUUUCCAGGAGUGCUUCGCAGACGCCCUGCGACACAGGCACCCCGUGCACCUCCGGGCGUUCCAGGCCCCCCGCGGCGGCGCGGAGUGGCGCUUCCUCGCCCUGCGGAAGCGGUUGGUCCUGUACUGUCUGCGCGAGGACGGAUCCGCCUGGCUGUGCCUUCCGCAGCACGACCCCCUCUCCCUCCGCCAGGCCGUGUUCGCGUCCCCGGAGCGCGCUGCCCUCCACUUCAACACUGUCGGGCGGGAUCCGCCCAUUGGUGGCAGUCUGCAGGAGGUGAUGUCACAGCUGGAUUCUGAGAUCACCGAUGCUUUCCUGAAAAGGGAGAUUCUGCAGGGCUACCGGCUGGUGGCCCUGAGGGGCCUGCUGAGCGGAGAGGAGGCCCGCCUGGCGGACUGCUGGAGGGUGUGCCGCAGCGUCUGCGCUCAGACCGAGCUCCUCUGCGCAGUCGCUGACUGCCUGCAGGGUCUCUUCGAGCUGUGUGGGGAAGAUGAGGGGUCAGGACCAAGGCGGACUGUUGCAAAGUACCUGCCUGCCAUUGAGCACAUGUUUGAGGGGUUCUCCUGGAUGUUAAGGCGAACACUGGAGCAUCCGGAGGCUCUUGCGCCCCCUGGCGUGUGGGAGGUGGUACUGAAGGGCCGGGAGGCUGUGGCCUGGGGAAGCAGGGCGGUGUGGGUGAGGGGGAUGGUUGGGGUGUGCCACGCCCUUUCGGAGACUCUGUCCCAGGACCUGCACUCUCUCUGUCCCGGGGUACAGGCCCUGCUGGAGAGACUGCACGCAGCACAAGAGAGAGACACGGUUAGGGCUCACAUCUCCUGCGUAGGAACCGUACCCCAAAACCCACCGGUCCUCUCUCACCGCACCCCCGAACGCUCGGUCCAGAGCCCCGAUCGGAGCACGCCCCUCACCGGGGCUCAGGCCCUGGCACUCUUCUGACAUCAUCAGCCUAUCAGCGUCCCGCACGCAUCGCGCCAUUGCCUAGCAACCCAGCUGGCUUCCGAAGAAACUGCUGGGACCCUCAGCGGAGUGGGGAUGAGCUGCCUAUGAGCUUUUUGCCUGUUGUGAUCUAUUCUUGGUUUUUGGCAGUGAAGAUUCUCCACGGCCUCAUAACGACACGCGCACUGUCGAACCGAACGCGCUCUUCUAAUUACGAGCGAUGAGUCAUUACCGUGUUUUCUGUCAUCUUGACUGGGGAGAGCGAGCUGAUGGGUUUGUAAUGAACUGUCUCGGUACCUUGGAAAGGGAAAAAUGAAGUGAAGGGAGAUGCAGGCUCUCUCUAGUUCAGAUGGGCUUCGUGAGUGUCGUUGCAUGAGUUCAGUUACAGCACUGCACUUGGCUUGAGAAAGUUGAUUUAAAUGCUGAGGUAAAUACCCAGAUUUGGCCUCCGGACGUUUCAUUUUAAUAUAACAUGACAGCAUUAUGUAAUGACUCUCUAAAAGAGAGUUUGACAAACGGGUGAAUUUUAUAUAAUGUACGUGUUGCCUUUAAUUAUUGUGAAUACUGAGAUCAUUGUAAUGAUCAAAUAAAAUGAAUCAGGGUGUUCAAUUCCCUAAAUAAAAUGCAGUAGUGUCGUGUA